UGGAAUGUGCAGCUGGACUCCUUCAACAUCUCACAGUCAACAUCUCAGCUGCUAAGGGAAAGUAAGAAGCGACCUUUCCUCCGUAUAGUCAAAAAUGGACACAUUAAGUGGCUGGAUUUUCCUUUUGAUUUGUGUUGGUGGUUUAUGUCAAUUGGCAAAUGCUCUUCCAGUGGAGAAACUGUCAAAAGUAAAGGUUUGUGCAGACAUGGAUUGUUCAUAUGUGAUUUCAGUGGCCAAAGCUUUAGAUGACUACACCGCUUCAGACUGCAGAUACAUAAACUUGAGAAGAGGUCAGACGAUCUAUGUGUAUUCUAAACUCAAACCAGUAGAUGGAUCCGGAGUCUUCUGGUUCGGUAGUGUUUACGGUGAACGCUAUGUUGACCAGAUGGGUGUCCUUGGAUAUUUUCCCAGUAACUAUGUAAAUGAGACCCACAUAUUUGAGAAGAAACCGGUUGAGAUCCCAACUACAGACAUGGACUUUGUCUGCGCAUAGAGACAGCAUGCUGUUAUAUUCACCUUUACUUUAUUUAAUGAAUAUGUCAUUUGUCAAAAUAUAAAAAAGAAAAAUUAUCCCACGUAUGAAUAUAGAAACUGAAAUAACGGAAUAAUUAAAGAAUAUUAAAAGUGUGUUAUGUGAUAAAAUUAGAUUUCCUUAAGUACUGGUUAAGUAAACCUAAAAAACCCAUUUAAAUAUUUGUAUACCUGUAUUUAUGGGUGCUAGAUCCUACUUUAUGUACUUUUAGGCUAUAUGGACAGCUUCUUGAAUUAUUUUGUGUUUAAACUGCUUACUUAAUUUUAAUUUUAGUUUUA